AGAAAAUCUCAGUGCGUAGGGCUCCAGGGAGUGGAAGCUACAGACCUGUUCUUCGGCACUCGGCAACUUCCGCCGAAAAUCGAAGAUUGUCGAAGCUGUAAAUUGACAUAAUGCUUCCAAAAGCAUAGAGCAGUUGAAGUUUGUGAAGUUAGUUGAAUAUUUUUUUUUUGGAAAGUAAUAAAGAAAAAAUUUAGUGCAAUUUAGAAUAUUUACAAAUGUGCCGUGCAUAUGAACAAUAAAGGAAUAAUUUCAAAAGGUUCAGUUGAAACCUGAGAGAGCAAAUGCGAAGAUUUGUUUCGAGAUCAACUCGAGAGAAAAAGGAAUGGCUAGCUUGUUGGUGAAUACUUCGAGUAAAAACAGUUCGCGAAGUGCAUCACCGAAUAGAGGAAACUCUCAGGCGGUUCAAAGUCAAUCACAACCACAACAACAACAACAACCAACAGCCAACCUGGAUCAUACACCAAAAUCUCGGAAUGCUGCUGCUGCUGUACAUCAAGCAGGAGAAGGUAGCACGGGCAGUGGCAGCAGCUGUGGAGGAGGGGGUGCUACCGGUAUGAAGAGUACCAGUCGACAAAGAUCACCGGGUGCCGUGGUACGAACUAGUGACACCAUGGACGAGUCAAACAUCAGCACAAUCACUGCCGACACUGAAGAGAUUGUGCCAAACAUUCAACCACCCAAUGACGAAGAGGGAGACGCACAUCAUCAUCACACGCAAUCGUUCCUAUCGAAUGGCUCGACAGAGUUGAUAAGCGACGACAUUGAUUCAAGUGCCACGCGAGUUCGUCAAGCCAUCGAACAUAUUCAAAGUAAAAUUGACCGAACUAGAGAUCUAAUUCGAGUUGAACAAACCACCCGUGACGAAAAUGUGAAUGAAUACCUGAAACUUGCUGCGAGUGCUGACAAGCAGCAGCUUACUAGGAUUAAGACUGUUUUCGAGAAAAAAAAUCAAAGAUCAGCCCACACUAUUUCACAAUUGCAAAAAAAAUUGGACAGCUAUACGAAAAAAUUGAAAAAUUACGAGAUAAAUGGCGCGCCCACGAGUCAUCGACAACCAAGGGAAGUUCUUCGAGACAUGGGACAAGGGCUGAAAAAUGUUGGAGGUAACAUCAGGGACGGUAUUACAGGAUUUUCUGGGAGUGUGAUGUCCAAACCUCGUGAAUUUGCACAUCUAAUUAAAAAUAAAUUUGGCAGUGCUGACAAUAUAAAUACAUUAUCACUUGACAGUAAUGGCUCGACAUUUUAUGUAAACGAUACACCACAUGCAGGUAAUGGUGAUAAUGCUAGCGUCGAAGAGGAAAAGAUUCAUCACGGCUCGGCUACACUCCCUGGUGGAUGUAGUCUGGGAUCAACGCACAGUGCAGCAGCCAUGAAAUUUCCAUCCGAAGAGGGCUCCGAAUGUUCUAGUGUCACCAGCGAAAGUGGUCCCGGAAGUCGAGGGCAAACACACACCUGCCACGGUCACAGGGACACUUUCAGUCUCAAAUCCAUCUUCUCCGAACUUCAAGAGCACAGAGAAAAUUUCGAUCGAAUGCGCGAAAAAUUGGAAGGUCUCAAGACUCUUCAGCAAGAGGUGACGUAUCUUUCGCACGCGGUACAAGAGGAACGUUUCCGCUGUGAACGAUUGGAGGAGCAGAUAAACGACCUGACUGAACUGCAUCAAAACGAAGUUGAAAAUCUGAAGCAAAUAAUCACCGAUAUGGAGGAGAAAGUACAAUAUCAAAGUGAAGAUCGUUUAAGGGACAUUCACGAAAUGCUGGAGAGUUGUCAGACGAAAAUUUGGAAAAUGGAACAUCAACAGCAACAACAUCAGCAAUAUGUGACACUUGAAGGUUUAGAUAACAGUAAUGCGAGAGCAUUAGUUGUUAAAUUAAUAAAUGUAGUCCUUAUAGUUUUGCAAGUAAUUCUAUUACUUGUGGCAACUGGUGCUGGUAUAAUGAUGCCAUUCCUUCGAACGAGCUGUACUAAGCCUCAUUGUUUCAUGUGCAGGGUGCGCAUACUUACCACGACGUUUGUCGUCCUGGGCAUUGUCUUCGUGCUCAAACAAUGGCCAGAGGUGCACGAUGUCGGAAGUCACCUAAUGCGACACCUCAAACAGACUCUAGCUGUCAAGUAGCAUUGGUGGAAUAUCAGAAGCUAACUAAUCCGCCCUAGGGGAAAAAAUGAACUAUUUCGGCUUCAUCUCACGUUAUCGUCCAAAUAUGGAAAAUAGGUGCAGUAUUGUUUAUCGUUUUGUACACGCUCCACUCUCCCCCUCUCUAUCGCUCUCUCUAUUGUCAAGCUUUUUUAUACAGCGUGAUUUUCGAGAGAAAUCCAGUACUAUGCCCUUUAAAAAAAAAAAUAAUAAUAAUGCUGUUUGAAGCCAAAAAAAAGAAGAAGAGAAGUCACGAUAGUAAAAAAAGAAGCAAACACGAAACAUGCCAAACGCGAAUGACCGUAUCGGUUGCGUUAAUUAGUUGUGACUAAUAUAUAAUGUUAAUUUUUUUAUUAUUUUGAUUUUCGUGUAAGCUAUCAAUAUUACUUGAACAGUGUGUGACACUCUUUGCAAAGCUCGAAGCACAAAAAAAAAAUUUUUUUUUUGCAAUGAGCUAAAAAACACAUAUUACCUAAACAAUAAAUUUUGCUUAAGAAACAAAAAUUAGAAAUGGGUAACAAAACAAUUGUCAAAUUGUUUCAAAAAUAUUUGUUAAAUUGCGUCCAACACUGUCCUCAUUUUUUGUUUUUGUUUUUUGAGGAUAAAAUAAAAAUGAAUGCGCGAAAAUCAGUGAACUGUGAUUCUAUUGCAAAAUGGAUUGCUUAACAGGGUGUGUGUGAUUGGACAAAAAAAAUAUGUUUAGGAUACGAGUGAUAAAAUGUACCUCGACUUCAAUAAAUAACAUUACUGUGUCUGUCUGGUCAAAAUUCGAAAAUUGAAAUAAUAUUUCACCGCAGCAUUAAAUUUUAACUAAAAAUUGAAGGAAAAUUUUAAAAAAAUUUUUAGCAUGUAAAAUAGUGUCAUUUGGUAUUUUUUAAUCACAUUCAUAUUUUGCAAAGAGGAAACAAAAAAGAAAAAAAAAACAGUGUAAAUAGUGUCAUUGUCGUCCAUUUUUCAUAGAAAAAUUAUUCCCCGAGUGGCACUAUUUUAUUUCUUUCUCAAUUUCUCAAAAAAUGGACCAAAUUCUUUUUCUCUUUCUGCCAUCACAGACACAGAAACAUAUUUCCAAAUAAUGCGAAAAGGAUAUAGGUGGAAAAAAAAAUAAUAGCCCAUGACAAAUAAUCGCUAUGAGAGAAAGACUGAUGGUUUAACCGGUUACGAUCUCUUUUCGAUUCUUCGUAAAGCGCUCGAGAUAAAAAGCAAAAUUUUUUUUUUGCACAAUGGCGUGUUUAUAUCGGUUAUUUCAAAAAAAAGGAAAAAUUACGGGCAAGGUUUUUGGUAGAAAUUUUCACUAUGUGACUUGUUUUUGAAAAGUGGAUCAUUGUCCACCAAACACCGAUUGCAAACAUUCCUUAUUAUUUUAGUUUUUAGAUCACGAGGCUCUUUAUUCCAAUAACAAUUAUUAUUCAUUUAGAUAAAUUUUAAUUUCAUAUCGAAAUUUUUUUUAAAAAAAAAGUCUGAAAAAUUUAAUUUUAGAUUAGAAAUCUAAACAAAUUGAAAAUUGAGAAAUUUUUUUAUACUGUAAAUAUUCAUAUAUACAUGAAUGUGUAUAAUGGGAAUAUUUUCAUGUAUAUGUGUAUGAAAGCACUCAUUCCAAUAAUGUGCUUAAAAUGUUAUUUUUUCUUAAAAAAAAAAAUUGGGCAUUAAAUAAUUUUGAAAAUUGGCAGCAAUUUUUUCUAUUAUAAAUUUUAGCUUCGUAGAGUUCAAGUUCAAAGAAGAAAAAUUUUAUCAUUGACGGUGGUUAUGACCCUGGAAAUAUAAUUGUGUGAGGACUCUAACGUUAAACGACUCGAGUGAAUAAUUGUGAAUUUAGUUUUUAUUUUCUUUCCUUAUUAUUAAGCAAUUUUUUUUCACUUAUAAAGAAAAUAGUUUAGAAAAGAAAAACGCCAAAUUCAUGUGUUCCUAAUAAUUUUAAUUGCUCUCUCCUUUUUUUAAAAUCGCAUUAAUUGAAAACUUUUGGCAGCAAUAAUCAUUUUUCGGGAUCAAAAAAAAAAAAAUUGUACACGAAUUUUCGACAAAAAAAAAAAAUGUUUAUAAUUUUCUAUCGAGCGUUGUACGCCAGAGGUGGGGACUUUUCCCUUUUUUUUAAAGAAAAAAACACGUAGAAUAAAAAUCCGCUUGAUUCGAAUUUAAAAAUUCUUUUUUGCGAUUGAUUGAGUAAAACACAGUAAAUAAUAAAUUCUUAGCUGCAAUUGCAAAAAAAAAGCGCAUAUAGAUUGUAGUUUUUAAAUUGUAAAGCCCCCAAAUUGACGACAAGUGAACCAAUAUUUAAUUCGAGAAGAACGCUUAAUAAUUUCCGAAUAUUUUUCCUUUUUUUAUUUUUAUGAUGAUAAAUAUUUAAAUCGGUAUUUUAUCAUUUUUUUUCUUUUUAUAUACAAAUUUUAGAAAUUGAGCCGAAAAAUUUUUUAGAAAUUAUUACGAUCGUUAUUCUCGUUUUUUUUUUAAAUUUUGUAUGAAAAAAAAAUUGUCAGAUACAUUUAAUCUGAAUGAAUGUAACAUUGAACGAGUGUUUUACUAAACUUUUUAUAUAUUUUUUUAUGCUAUUUAGUUUUACCAUUUUAUACAGAGACUUUUGACGCUUGUGUAUAAAAAAUAUUUUUAAAUAAUAAAAAUUUUUUUCCAUCAUCGUAAAAUAGGAAAAAAAAAUGUAUUUAGAAAAAUAAAAAUAUUUAGAAAAGAAUGAAAACUACGAAAAAUGUAUGUUUAGAAAAAAAUAGAAUCUUGUAAAAAUUUGAACAAGGAAAUUUUUAGUUUUCGCAAAAAUAAAAAUCUCUGUUCACGUGCCUAAAAAGAAAAUGCAAAUCGAAGUAGUUAAUGUUUACGAAAAGAAAAAAUAAAUUUUGAUUAUAAAUCAACGAUUUGUGGUAUAAAAAAAUGAGAAUGCCGAUAGGAGACUUGUCGUCAAUAUUUGGGCAAUCACCCAGUAGUGAGAGAAAAAAAAAUCACUAACAGUCAUUUAAAAUAUGACAAGUUAAACGUAUCGAAAGCUUGGAAUGCCACUGCGUAGUUGUUAAAUAGUCAAAGUUGAUGAUAAAUCUAUAUUAAUAUGUAUGUUAAUUUUGAGUAAUAAUGUCAAAACACUAUCUUAUAACAAUCAAAGUGUAUCGCACUACAUGUUAUACUUUUUAUUUUUCUUUCAUUUUAAAAGUAGUAAAAAAAAAUUCAUACCACUCACGUUAAUAUUAUUAUUACACACAAUGUCACAAAAAAAAAUAAAAACAGAAAGAUUUUUAAUA